AUGACCAUGGCCGAUCAGACGGCCCCGCCCGCCGACCUCAAGUCGCGCCUCAAGGCGUCCUACGACGCCAUUGCGCCGAAAUACAACGAGUGGACCGUCCCCCACUCGGCGACGCGCCUGCACUACCUCAACCAGCUCCUCGACCGCCUCCCCUCUCCGGAGAGCGACAACGACGGCGAUACCGCUGCUGCCGCCGUGUCGGUCCUCGAGAUUGGAUGCGGCCACGGCCUGCCCGUCACGCAGACGCUGCUGGCGCGGCCCAACACGACCGUCACAGCCAACGACCUGUCGAGCGCGCAGAUAGCCCUCGCGCGCCGCAACCUGGCGUCGGCGGACGUGGCGCGCCUGACGCUCGUCGAGGGCGACAUGCUGGCGCUCGACCUGGCGCCGGCGAGCCUCGAUGCCGUCGUCGGCAUGUACUCGGUCAUCCACCUGCCGCGAGCCGAGCAGGUGCAGAUGCUGGGCCAUAUAGCAGCGUGGCUCAAGCCCGGCGGCUGGCUGCUCGUCAACUUUGGCACGAUCGCGGCCGACGGCCUGCAGACGGACGACUGGCUCGGCGAGGGCGCCGGCUGGAUGUACUGGAGCGGCUGGGGCCGCGAGGGGUCGCUGGAGAAGGUGAGGGCGGCCGGGUUCGAGGUUGUCGUGGAGGAGACGACGGAGGACGCUGAGGAUGCUGAUUUCCUGUGGGUUCUGGCCCAGAAGCGCGAGUCCUGA